AUGCAGACAGUGAGAUCGGAAGAUAACCCUCCUAAAAAGGAAGAGUUCAAGAGGCCACCAAUUGACUUACUACAGGACUUGAAAGACGGUAUUAACCAUGUUGUGUAUAAUCCACUAGGUAAUAAAAUAGUCAUGCCACUAAUGUUUUUACUAGAAUCAGUAUUGUUGAAGUAUGUUAUUGCUGCUAUACCAUACACUGAAAUUGAUUAUAAGGCAUACAUGGAACAAGUGGAAAUGAUCUAUGAGGAAGGUAAUUAUAACUACCUAGAAAUUACUGGUGGGACAGGACCUCUGGUUUAUCCUGCAGGCCAUGUUUUGAUUUUCCGAGUGUUAAAUUACUUUACUGAAGGAAUGAAUCAUAUAGAGGUAGGACAAAAGAUUUUUAGGUAUCUGUACUUGAUCACCCUAUUAAUGCAGUAUACUUGUUACUAUCAAUUACGUUUACCUCCAUGGUGUGUCGUACUUGCCUCUUUAUCGAAAAGGUUACAUUCUAUUUACGUUUUAAGGCUGUUCAAUGAUUGUUUUACUACUUUCUUUAUGGUAUUGUUUGUUCUGCUCUACACUCUUAGAAGCAACAAUAGUACUAAAAUGUCGAUGGUUAUAUCAACUUUUGGAUCUUUGGUUUACAGUAUGGCUAUCUCAGUUAAAAUGAAUGCGUUAUUAUAUUUACCUGGGUAUUUGGUUUCAACGUAUCUGAUAAAUGAAGGCAAACUAAUAAACUGUUUGAUUUCGGCAUCGGUGAUCCUAUUCUGGCAAGUUAUCGUUUCUUUGAGGUUCUUACGUUCAUAUCCAGUUGAAUACUUGGCAGGUGCUUUCGAUUUUAGCAGACAAUUUAUGUUUAAAUGGAGUGUUAAUUGGCAAUUUCUAGAUGAAGAUGCCUUUCAAGAUCGAGUUUUCCAUACCACAUUAUUGGGCUCCCAAUUUGUAGCAGUUGUUGCGAUGACGCUCUGUCUUUAUCCACGCUUACCUUUAGAUGCUUGGAAAUCUCUGAAAGCGCCUUUCACGCAAGUUGUGAUUGCAGAUCUGCGGUUCAUUGUACCUUUUUUACUAAUGACUUCUAAUUUCAUUGGGGUGUUGUUUUCGAGAUCCCUACAUUACCAGUUUUUGUCCUGGUAUCAUUGGACUCUACCGUGCUUGAUCUACUGGUCAAAGUUGCCUAUGCCUUUAGGGUUCAUAUGGUACAUCUGUCAUGAGUACUGUUGGAACUCGUAUCCUCCAAACGAAAAAGCAAGCAUCCUCCUAUUCACACUAAAUGCAUCUCUGCUGUGUCUUCUGGCAAUCAAUUGUAUGAGACCAGUUAUAGUAAACAUCAAGAGAAAGCAACAAUGA